AUGCACAUUCCGGAGAACUGCAAAGGCUGGGUGACCGGGAACCGCGGCAGCGAGCUGCGGCGGGUGGAGCAGGCGACAGGCACCUUCAUGUUCAUGGCCUUGGACCGGCACGGGGAGGAGCGGCUGCUGAUCUUCAGCGCGAAUGGUGGUUCGAAGACAGCCGACGGCGGCCGCAUGCAUGCCGAAAGGCUUAUCAACGAGAUGGUGCAGGAGAAGCUACGCGGUGACUCGCGCGGUCGCAGCCGCUCAGAUUCGCUUGAAAUGCCCGAAAGGUCCAACAGCCGCCGUCGCUCACCCAGCCGCCGACGCGACUCGCGUUCUCGGACUGCGUCUCAGCCCGGCUGA